AAGAUCACCGAGAUAUUUCACAGCAAAACCGAAAAUUAGGAAUAAUAUUAAUAUUAUUCAAAUUAAAUCCCGCAAAUAAUAAUGAAUAUGUGUAAAUCACUUAACGUAAAGCGUUUGUCGAGUCAGACACGACAUACUAUGUGACGUACGUUGAACGUCAUAUAGUAUUUUUCAACAAGAUGUCAACGCGUGUGUCCUUCCAGCAACAACAGCGGGGUGAAAAUACCAAAAGUAGUGAAACCGAGCAGCGGGGAAGAAAGAGGACACACCCUACGCAGGGCCGCCUUAACACGUUGGACCAGUGAUGGCGUCCACAAGGUGUGCCCCGCCUCUCUGAAGCAGAACCAGCGAGUGUGUUCACCUCCUCCUCCUCCUCCCCACCAGGGUGUUGUCACGGAGGAACAAAACCCCGAGCAGAGACGACACUUCAGCGCCGAGACCUCGCAACUCUCCGGGGGUGACACGAACCAUUCAUUCCCUCGCUCGUCGCCGGUAGUUUUUUAUUUUUAUUUUUUUAGCUCGAAUUGCGAAUUUCCGAGUGGAAAUACUCUCCCGAAACCCUUCCGGAUCCUGACCCGAGACGUCGGAGGUUCUGUAGCAGCCAUGGGGGACGUUGUGUCAUCUCACCUGGAUGAAAGCAAGCGGGAGAUGAUUACAGUGAAGACCAAAGAUGUGAUGCGAAACUUCAGUGACGUGUACGAACAGCAGUACGCGGUUGCUCUCUUCAACAGCGUCCGUUACGAGAUUGAAGGAGGCACUGGGCCACAGUCACAGAUGCUGCACAGAAAGGACCCUUUGGAUGGCCGAUCAAUCUUUUCAGGAUGUUUGUUUCAGUACCUAGAGGAGAAUCGCAAGUGGAGAAAUCGCUUCGUUUUUGUGCCAAACAACUACGCCAUCAACCUCCAUGAGAGUAAAACAGCACAGGAGCGAGGACUGCAUCCUAAAGUAACCAUCAACUGUGCUGGCUACAAAGCCUUGACCUCUAUGGAAGAGUACAUGGAACUGAUUAACAGCAGCCUUCCAGGUAUCAAAUCAAAUGUGGGAAGCAGUCCCUUCAUCAAGUGUGCGACUCAGUUCCCUCUUAUCCUGUGGCACCCGUAUGCUCGUCAUCAUUACUUCUGUGUGCUGACUGAGAAGGAGCAGCAGAAAUGGCAUGCUGUUUUGCAGGACUGUGUCCGACACUGUAACAAUGGUCUGCCAGAGGACUGUACUGUUCAGACACCAGCAUUCACUGAUACUGUGAGACUGUACAGACAAGCCAAGGGACACUAUGGAACCUGGGAUAUGAUGUGUGGAACUCCCCCACAGAUUCUGACAAACCUGGUGAUGGAGAGCCUCCAUCCUGAGCUGAGGAAUAUGAUUGGGCCUCGUCUAAAGGGGAAGACGCAGCAGAGGCAGAGGAAUUGGAUGUUUAUAUCGGAUGCUGUGUACAGGCAGGUUUUGGCCCAGACCAGCAGUCAGUAUGAUGCUCUCCUUGAAGCCUGUGAGACGCAGAAGAUUGAACUGGAUUCUCGGCUAAGAACCAACAUGGACCAAAUCAUUGCAUCCAAAGAGCAUGUCAGCAGCAAGAUUCGAGCCCUGGUGUUGCCCAAAGCAGAGGCUCUCCUGAGGAGGAGCAUCCAAACUUACAUCAGUUCUAUCUUAGAGGCCUUGAUGGAGCCCACCAGCCGAGGUUUCGCCGAAGUCAGAGAUGUUUUCUUCAGGGAGGUGGUGGAGAUUAGCAAAAACUUGAUAAACGGAGGAGGCAAAGACAAAAUGGGAGAACACAUGGAGAGGCUCUCUAUGCUGGCCUUCCACCCUGUCAAAAUGCAGAGUUGCUACGAAAAGGUGGAGGAGCUGAAUCUGGAGGGGCUACAGCAAAGGUUCGACGUGUCCAGCCCCUGUGUGUUUGUCAGCAGGGCUCAGAUCCUCAUGAGGGAGCAAAUGGACAACGCAGUACACACCUUUGAGCAGCUACUGCAGCAGUCUAUGACUGCACAGGGAGACAAUGACUUGUGCAAAACCAUUCAAGGAUGUCAGGACAGAGUUCUCAAGAAAUAUGAUUAUGACAGCAGCACAAUACGCAAGAAGUUCUUCAGAGAGGCUCUGCUGCAGAUUAUCAUCCCGUACAUGCUGCAGCAGCUUUCACCUUCUUGCACACCUGAGCUGCCACAUUUUAAAGAGCUCAUCUUUGAGGACUUUUCUCGCUUCCUGCUUGUGGAAAAUAUGUUUGAAGAGGUGGUGCUGCAGUCCGUCACCAAGGACAUCAUGAUGGCUGUGAAGGAGGCUGCCGUUCAGAGGAGGCACAAUCUCUACAGGGACAGCAUUGUGAUGACCAACAGUGACCCCAACCUCCACCUGCUUGGAGAAAGCUCCCCUGUGGACUGGGCCACCAAAUUUCCUAGCGAGGAUCCGGAAGCUGUGAACAGUGGCGGCGAGGACGGAUGUUCUGGCAACAGACGCAAGCAGGUGGUGUCCAUGAUUCAGCUGGACGGAGUACCUCUGCCCUACGAGUCGUGUUUGGAAGUUCCAGGGGUGGAGCUCAUCCCGGAGGAGGACGCCGUGGCAACCGCAGAGGAGGAGGACGCUCACCUGAGCAAGGAUGAUCUGGAUGAAAUCAAAGAUCUCCUCGAUCGCGUGGUAGAGUUGGAUGUGGCGCUACCCGACACCACCGCCAACGGGACGAUCACCCUGGAGGACGGCCUGCAGGAGGAAGUGAGCCGGGUCACCUCCGUUGUGGAGGACGUCUCUAGCCCGCAAGACAAUAGGUCUCCGCGCUCGAUCCUCCAGCAGCUGGUAGAAAACAAGAACCAGAAAGUCGAUAAGGUGGUAGUUCCAGGGGUGGAGCUCAUCCCGGAGGAGGGCGCUGUGGCAACCGCAAAGGAGGAGGACGCUCAUCGGCACCUGAGCAAGGACGAUCUGGAGAAAAUCAAAGAUCUCUUCGAUCACUUGAUAAAUUUGGAAGUGGCGUUACCUGACGCCGAUGCCAAGAACCAGGAAGCCGAUAAGGUGGCAGUUCCAGGGGUGGAGCUCAUCCUGCAGGAGGGCGCCGUGGCAACCGCAAAGGAGGAGGACGCUCAUCGGCACUUGAGCAAGGACGAUCUGGAGGAAAUCAAAAAACUCCUCGAUCACUUGAUAAAUUUGGAAGUGGCGCUACCUGACGCCAAUGCCAAGAACCAGGAAGCCGAUAAUUUGGCAGUUCCAGGGGUGGAGCUCAUCCUGCAGGACGGCGCUGUGGCAACCACAAAGGAGGAGGACGCUCAUCGGCACCUGAGCAAGGACGAUCUGAAGAAAAUCAAAGAUCUCCUCGAUCACUUGAUAAAUUUGGAAGUGGCGCUACCUGACGCCGAUGCCAAGAACCAGGAAGCCGAUAAGGUGGCAGUUCCAGGAGUGGAGCUCAUCCAGCAGGAGGGCGCUGUGGAAACCGCAAAGAAGGAGGACGCUCAUCGGCACCUGAGCAAGGACGAUCUGGAGAAAAUCAAAGAUCUUCUCGAUCACUUGAUACGGUUAGAUGUGGCGCGACCCGACGCCGAUGCCAAGAACUAGGAAGCCGAUAAGGUGGCCGAUAAAGGCGGCAUCAAGGUGGUGGAGUUUGCAGCAGAGGAAGGCGGCGGCGAACAAACUGCGAAGUCCGCUUCUGAGUCGUCACCCCAGCUGCCAUUAGCGACAGACACAAGCUCCGGCGUGGAGGCGGUCAAAAACAUCCCCAACGGGGAGGACACGGUCGUCGACACGGCGGAGGUGGAGGUGGAGGUGGAGGUGGUCGUAGCGUAAAAAGACUACCACGUGAGGGAAAUGUGUUGACUUUAUUGUUAUUGCUUUGUUGAUGUUGCACACUUGAAGACCAAUUCUCUCCUUUUUGCUCUCUUCAAUACUCGCCAUGCAAGCUUCCUUCCUAUUUUACGGCACGACACAGAACGCACCACACUUUUAUACUCACACUUUUAUACAACCAUCUGGACUUUCUCUGGGGUUCUUCCAAACACAACAACAAGCCAGGAAGUUCCAGCCGUACCUCGGGUUUGACGUUUUCCUCCAAAACCUAAUUGCAGGAAAAACCGAGGUAUCACUGAAUGGUUUACUUUUAGUCCAUCAACAGGGGCCACAAUAUAAUCCAUGUCUUUUAACUACUACACUUUUUCAAAUGAUUAUAUAUUUUUCUAAGUGUUUCUUUGUAUUUAUACGUUAAGUGUGUUUAACAAGUUAUCGGUGUACCUAUCGUCGCAAGUAGGCGACAUAAACGUGAAGAUUAGUGGCCUCCAGAUAGUGUUGAAAUGUCACUUUUUAUAUUUGUCGUAUUUUCACGUUCCUUAUUAUGGGGGAAAUUAUUUUCUUCGCUCAAAUUGUUCCGGUGAGCCAUAAUAUUUGCAGAACUUACAAUGAUUGGCUGAAGAAAAAGCCUCAUGUUUAAUUAACUUAUGACAGGCGUGUCUGGUGGUUAAAUAAGGUCUCUGGGAGUGUGUGGCACACUCACUGGCUGUAUUGACACUGUUGCUGUUUCAUAAUGACGCCAUCUGCUGGAUUAAAAACGUCACAUUUAACCUAAAAAUGAUAUUAAUGGCAAAUGUAAGUUUUAUACAACUAGUCAAUGAGCCACAAAAAACUGAUGCACUCCGACUUCUUUCAAUAUGAGCUGUCACGCAUGAGCGGAAUGUUCUGGUGAACACAGUUUGAUGUUUCACAGUAAAAUGACACAGCAGUUGUAUCGCACACAUGUUUUGUUUUUUUUCCUUAUAAAGUGAUACACACAUCAGGUUAUUGAGGGACAUAUUUUACGCCAGAAAAAGUGAGGAUAUUUUUAUCAACUUUAAGAAGAAAAAUAAGAAAUAAAAAGGGUCUGUCCUCUUAAAAAUUGCAAUGAAGAGCCAAUAUUCCAUUUCUGUAGUCAUUUUUUCUUCAAUUUUGGGGAAGACAUAUGCAAAUCCUUCACGUUGAAAAUGAAAAGUUUGAUUAGUUUUGAAAUCGGCUACUUUUCUCAACUUUUACCGCCUUUUUAAUCCUAUCCUAAAUAUCGUACAGUUUUAGGCACUCACUGUUUUAUUUAUUCUGAAUAUCUGCCUGGUUGUGCUUCACAGACAUGUCAUCUCGAUAUAUGUAUGGAACAUUUAUUGAUUAAUAAAGUUAUUUCAUCAUCAGUG